AUGGGGGACUCUCCAACAAACGCCGUGGAUGGAGGCAUGGACACGUGCUGCAAAGACACGCAGACUGAACUGGCAGAGCGGGUAGCAGCCAUAGAUGUGGCUGUUGGCCCAGACAGAAAUGACCAAAAUGGUGAAGGCAAUGCUGAAGAAAAUGACACAGUCUUUUCUGAUAACAUAAAAGACAUCCAAAGAAAUGGAGUCAACAGUGACACAGGAAUGAAUGAAUUUCUGCCUUCCCAACGGUCAGAAGAUGCUCACUGGAGGCAUGUUCCCAAGAGACCUCUCACUAGACCUGUCCUAUCAAGUAGGAAGUGGUCUCUUCAGGAAAGAUCAUCAGGAGGUUAUUUGGCUUCUAGCAACACGCCAGGUUACGGUCCUUAUGCCACAGGGCCAUCACCACGUAUAAUGAGGAGGCCAACGAUAGAGUCCAAUCGGGUCUCCAUAUCAGAUUCUGAGGACUGUGUGCAGUUGAACCAAUACAAGCUGCAGAGCGAAAUAGGCAAGGGUUCCUACGGUGUUGUGAAACUGGCCUACAAUGAGAACGAUGACAAGUAUUACGCUAUGAAAGUCCUCUCCAAAAAGAAGCUCUUGAAGCAGUAUGGAUUUCCACGUCGGCCUCCUCCCAGAGGAUCAAAAGCUUCGUCUGGAGAGCAGCCAAAACCCAUGGCACCACUGGACAGAGUCUAUCAGGAAAUAGCCAUCCUAAAGAAACUGGACCAUGUCAACAUUGUUAAGCUGAUAGAGGUCCUUGAUGAUCCUGCAGAGGACAACUUGUACAUGGUGUUUGACCUCCUGAGGAAAGGGCCUGUCAUGGAGGUACCAAGUGACCAGCCCUUCAGCGAGGAGCAGGCUCGGCUCUACUUCCGAGACAUCGUCUUGGGCAUCGAGUACU